AUGCCGACUGCCGGAACAAACUGCUUCGGCCGCAGGAUGACCAUGCUACGGUACUACUUCGACCAGGCUUCGCGCCAAUGCAAACCUUUCGAUUAUUUCGGAUGCUCUGGCAACAGCAACAACUUUGGGAGCAAGGAGCACUGUGAAAGUUUUUGCUUGGCCAAUACGGACAAAGUGUGCAAUGGCGCAGCUCCACUAGCUGAUCCAAGUGGUCGAUUGCAGAAGUGUACAACUUCUUUGGCUUGCCCUUCUGGAUAUAAGUGCAAUGAACAACAAUAUUGUUGCCCCAUUCCUGAGUUUGCUUGCACAGUGCCGAUGAGCAGCGGGAAAUCGUGCAUCAAUUCGAAGCAGCGAAUGGCGUGGUACUAUAAUGAGAUCACUGAGAACUGCAUGCAGUUCACUUAUUUAGGCUGCGACGGCACAGCAAAUCGUUUUGCGACCCAAGAAGCAUGUCUCUCUCAUUGCUCUAGGACACAGGAAGAACUUGGCACUUGUCCACUUGGAAUGUCACCAUAUCCUACCGGCAAACAAGCGUCACCUCAGGUUUGCUUUGCUUUGCGCUGCUGCGGUUUUACGGAGGUCAAAUUCGUUCCUGGAGCAAAUGUUUGCUUCCGGAUUUCGCUCCUCAUAACUUCAAAUCUUAUUUUUCUUUAAAU